AAUAGAAAGCUUGUAUCCUACACGAUACUAUUUAAUAUAAUAGUACGAAUGUAAAAUUAAUUUAUUUCUCUGGUCCGAACAAAUAGUCCAAGAUCAACUGUUACCUCCCUGGCCGCUCACGCUUGGUACACUGUCCACCAGACCGGUAACCUACCAGCGCCACCAUGCUGAUUGUUAUACUGCAAAUUGUAUGUGUCGUGUUCCCAGCGCAAGCCGUCCUUUUGAAUUUCGACACGGGACCCAUUCACAUCCACAAGAAGGCCAGAGGUCCCCCGGAGUUGGAGUACACCCCACUCCUACCGAAUGAUGUGGUGGCCACGCAGAACGCGGACAUAUUUCUACAAGAGCUCCUUCCUACAUUUGAUACAAAACUAAUGAGAUCUGUCAAUCGUUUCGUUCUACAGGAAGUAAAUGCCGUAGUGGCUCUACAUCUAUACGAUUUUAUGAUCCAAGGUUUUCAGCGCGCUACCAUGGAUAAUCUAGCAGUUCGUCUUGGAGAAAAUGUUAGAGUGGACUUCAACUUGAGUGUCCCCUUUUUAUCAGCAAACGGUGUAUUUUUUGUAAACGGAUUGAUAGAUAAACAUCACUUCGCUUCGAUCGGCAAUAUUAGCACAUUUUCGAACGAUGUGAAGGUUUCAGGAAUGCUGACUGUAGCACAAUUGAUGUUACCUUCAAAUGUGAAUGUGUUUCAAAUCGUGGACGCCGACAUCACCAUAGACGUCCGCAAUAUUAUGAUUUCACUUAAAAUACUUCAAGAAAUAGCGGAGCUCCAAACAACGUUAGAGGAAUUUACGAAAAAGCCUUUAGACGACCUCGUCAAUUCAGUAUCUAGAGUAGUGGUGAAGCUGAUUAACGAGGAACUUGCGCAGAUUCCUGUGAGGUUUGUCGUCGACUACCUCGUACCGCCUAAACCUUCCGACAGGAACCGCAACUUGCAUCUUAGAGCUCCAACUAAUCCACACUACUCAUAUGAGUACUUAAAUGAAUAAAAGUACUAUUAAGAACGACUACUUACUUGGUACAUAAUACACACAAUAUAGUAUAUAUU